AUGUCUACAGCAACACCUUACUACCAGUAUCAGCAAUACCAGCCGACGAGCUCAUUACCUGUCAACGUACCGGGCAAGAAUGCACAGCAGCUUUACGUGCCUCGCCACAGUCGUAACUCGUCUGGAUACAGCCAGCUAUCAGCCUCACCGCCGGAACGACCGGAGAGCGUUUCGUCCACCGGGGCAGGUCUCUACUCGUCCGCAUCCAGCAACUACGGAGGCAGCGAGUACGACUCCUCCAGCGGUGCGACCGGCGUGGAUCUUCUGGACUACAUGAACGACCGGCUCUCGCAAGCAUACAACCCUAUUCCAAUGGACAAGAAUGUGGCGAGACAGGCUCAAAUGUCCGGCGAGCUCAAUGCAAAGAAUCGUGAGCUGCUCGGUCUGCAAGCACAAGCGAGGUCGCGGCUUGCAAAGACCCGGGCGAACUUUGCCGAGGGCAUGAAAGCAGCGAAGGAAGUCCAGCGAGAUCUGGAAUACACGCAGAAGAAAAUGCAUGCUCUGAACGCUCGAGCAGCAGAAAAAUACCCCGAGCAGUACCGUGCCGCAAGUCGACGAUACCCAGCACCGGUGGACUUUUGA